AGUUAGCACCACAACCACCACUCACUCAUAAACCUCUCUCUACUUUCUCUCUCUAAAAGGGAAGAGAAGAGAGAAAGAGAGACGGUUCCGCCAUGGACGCGGCAUCGCAGCUUGUCAACUUCAGAAUCGAUCAUUUCCGUCGAUCCUCUCCUUCCCACCGCCACAAGCUCCUUCCGCUUCGGCGACGGUCCAAUCGUGUUUUUGCUGUCGCCGCUGAACCCAAACCUGCUCCAGCGAACACUGUCAACGGUUCAUCAUCGAGGUCCCCGUCUAAUGGAACCGUCAACGGCGUCUCCACGAGAAUUGGAGAUGUUUCGAAGGAGAUUAAGAGGGUGAGGGCGCAAAUGGAAGAGGACGAACAGUUGGCGACGCUCAUGAGAGGUCUUCGGGGGCAGAAUUUGAGUGAUUCAUUAUUUGCUGAGGACGAUGUUCAGCUACGUCUUGUUGAGGUAGAUGAAAGUAGUGAGUUUUUGCCUUUGGUGUAUGAUCCUGCCAGCAUUUCUGCAUAUUGGGGAAAACGUCCACGCGCUGUAGCAACACGCAUUGUGCAGUUAUUAUCUGUUGCUGGAGGUUUUCUUUCGCGCAUUGCCUGGGAUGUGAUUAACAAGAAGGUUAAGGAGAAUGAAGUUGCUAGGGCUAUUGAAUUACGUGAAAUUGUGACAUCUCUGGGUCCAGCAUACAUAAAACUUGGGCAAGCAUUGAGCAUUCGACCUGAUAUACUGUCACCUGCAGCAAUGACGGAGCUGCAGAAGCUUUGUGAUAAAGUUCCUUCAUAUCCAGAUGAUGUGGCUAUGGCUCUAAUUGAGGAGGAGCUUGGUCAGCCAUGGCAAAAAGUCUAUUCUGAAUUAUCAUCUUCUCCCAUUGCUGCUGCAUCUCUUGGACAGGUAUAUAAGGGCCGCCUAAUGGAAAAUGGAGAUUUGGUGGCUGUUAAAGUGCAAAGACCUUUUGUUCUUGAAACAGUUACAAUUGAUUUAUUCGUUAUUAGGAACCUGGGUUUGGCUCUUCGAAAGUUUCCUCAGGUCUCCAUAGAUGUGGUUGGGUUGGUUGAUGAGUGGGCUGCCCGAUUUUUUGAGGAGUUAGACUAUGUGAAUGAAGGUGAAAAUGGAAAUCGUUUUGCUGAAAUGAUGAGGAAAGACCUACCGCAGGUUGUCAUACCAAGAACCUACAGUAAAUAUACAUCAAGGAGGGUUCUUACUACAGAAUGGAUUGAUGGAGAGAAGCUGUCACAGAGCACAGAAAGUGAUGUUGGAGAGUUGGUUAAUGUUGGAGUCAUCUGCUAUCUAAAACAGCUGCUUGAUACUGGAUUUUUUCAUGCUGAUCCACACCCAGGGAAUUUAAUCCGCACUCCUGAUGGAAAACUUGCCAUACUUGACUUUGGGCUUGUUACAAAAUUGACUGAUGAUCAAAAGUAUGGAAUGAUUGAAGCAAUUGCACAUCUCAUCCAUCGGGACUACCCAGCUAUUGUGAAAGACUUUGUUAAACUUGAUUUCAUUCCAGAUGGCGUCAAUUUGGAGCCUCUCUUACCAGUUCUGGCCAAGGUUUUUGAUCAGGCCUUAGAAGGUGGAGGGGCGAAAAACAUCAAUUUUCAGGAGCUGGCAUCAGAUUUGGCUCAAAUUACCUUUGAUUAUCCUUUUAGGAUACCUCCAUACUUUGCCCUUAUAAUUAGGGCUAUCGGGGUUCUGGAAGGGAUAGCUUUAGUUGGAAAUCCCGAUUUUGCCAUUGUUGAUGAGGCCUAUCCAUAUAUUGCGCAGAGGCUUCUGACGGAUGAAUCCCCUCGGCUAAGGAAUGCUCUACGUUACACUAUAUAUGGAAAAUCUGGAGUUUUUGAUGCUGAAAGAUUUAUUGAUGUCAUGCAAGCCUUCGAGAAUUUUAUUACUGCUGCCAGAAGUGGUGGUGGGGAGAAUUUGAAUGGGAGUAUGGCUGAUCUUGGGAUCCUUACUAAUCAGUCAGAAUAUCUCUUGCCUGGAUUCCAGUCUGUUAUGCCACAACCACUGAAGCCAGUGCAAACAAGGGCAGCUUUAGGGUUUUUGCUGUCUGAUAGGGGGAAUUUUUUCCGAGAAUUUCUUCUUGACGAGAUUGUUAAGGGCAUUGAUGCAGUAACAAGGGAACAACUGGUAAGAAUAAUGUCCUUACUAGGAAUUCAGAAUGCAACCCCUGUUUUCAGUAUGGUACCUACUUUCGGACCCUUUAAGCCCGCGGCUCUUAUACCCACCAUAACUGAAGAGGAUGAAGUUAUACUGAACAAUGUUCAGAAAGUGGUGGAGUUCUUGACUGCAGGAAGUUCGCUAUCAAGGAUAUCUGGUCAGGCAUUGAAUAUUCCUCAGGUUAUCCAAGAGCUUCUCCCAGUGUUGCCAGGCAUCUCUAUUAAGGUGCUUCCUGAGGUUAUUAACAGAUUAUCUUCUCGGAUAUUAGCACGAUUAAUACGUGAUACGUUUUUGUGACAGCAUUCUGUGUACGUUACCUGCUUAAGGCCCCACAAUUGUGUAUAUUUGACAGAAUAUACAAAACCACUAUACGAGUAUAUAUAGCUGCGCUGUCUGUAAGACAUUCACUUUGCAGAAAAAUCCCACGUGGUUGUCAUGGAUGUUACUCAGUGAUAUAUACAGUGCAAGAAAAUUGUCUUAUAUUAAGUGUAUCUGAAAAUGCCUUCAUGUAAAAUAAAAAAGUAGCCUCAAAAUAAUCAUGAAUUCUUAAGAUCCCCUUUAUGUU